UUUUAGCCCAUAAGCCUAUUUGAGCGUCGCAUUGUGCAUUUGCCCCUUUCGACUCUCAGUCCUAGCACCCUCAGAAGUCGGAGGAGCAGCAACCAGCAAUGGCGUUUGUCAAGGCCCAGAAAUCGAAUGCUUACUUCAAGCGCUUUCAAGUCAAAUUCAAGAGAAGGAGACAGGGGAAGACUGAUUACCGAGCUCGGAUUCGCUUGAUCAAUCAGGACAAGAACAAGUACAAUACUCCAAAAUAUCGAUUUGUUGUGCGAUUUACCAACAAAGAUAUUACUGCCCAAAUUGUGUCUGCUAGUAUCACUGGUGACCAUGUCCUUUCUGCUGCUUACGCACAUGAGCUGCCUCGUUAUGGCCUUGAAGUGGGCCUCACCAAUUAUGCUGCUGCAUACUGCACUGGCCUUCUUUUGGCUCGACGAGUCUUGAAAAAGCUUGAGAUGGACCAAGAGUAUGAAGGAAAUGUUGAGGCCUCUGGAGAGGAUUACUCUGUUGAACCUGCUGAAACCAGGAGGCCUUUCCGUGCACUCCUUGAUGUUGGUCUCUUGAGGACUACAACUGGGAACCGCGUUUUUGGUGCUCUCAAGGGUGCUCUAGAUGGUGGACUUGAUAUCCCCCACAGUGAUAAGAGGUUUGCUGGAUUUAGCAAAGAUAGCAAGCAACUCGACCCUGAAGUGCAUCGCAAGUACAUCUAUGGUGGCCACGUUGCUGCUUACAUGAAUACAUUGAUGGAAGAUGAGCCCGAGAAGUACCAGUCUGUGUUUAGCCAGUAUAUUAAAAAGGGUAUUGAAGCUGAUAACAUUGAAGCUUUGUACAAGAAAGUCCAUGCAGCCAUUCGUGCUGAUCCCACAAAAAAGAAAACUCAAAAGCAGCCUCCAAAGGAGCAUAAGAGAUUCAAUCUGAAGAAGUUGACGUACGAGGAGAGGAAGGCCAAAUUGAUCGAGAGGUUAAACGCUCUGAAUGCUGCUGCAGGAAAUGAUGACGAUGAUGAGGAUGACGAUGAAUGAACAUCAUCUGAUUUGGGAUUUCGAAUGCUGCUGCAGGCAAUGAGAUUUUGAAUUUUGUUUUGUUCAAUGGGAGAUACAUUUGUUGUGUUUUUGAGCACUUUAAGGCUUCGGAGUUUAUGGCAUUUUCUGUUUCUAAAGACAUUGUUUGGUGUGCCAAAUUCCAGCAUUUGAUGAAUAUCUUCUAUGCUUAUGGUUUGAGCCAAGCCUUGGUUCGGUUAUUUUCUGUGACUUUUAGCUGCCACUGGAAUUUGAAUGUGAGCCUGUUACUGAUCUCAUUCAACCCCUUACUGCUAAAUGCUAGUUUUUUAAGAGAGUAUUCAUUAUCGACUGAUUUUGAAAAUGAUGUCUUUAACAAUUUGAUAGGCUAAACUAGCUGCUAGCUUGACAAUUGAUGGACUAUAUCAUACACGAAAAUUGUGGAUUAUUC